AUGUCUGCUGCCGAAGCUACCGAGCCCAAGGUCGAGGAGACCAAGCCCGCCGAGACCACCGGCGAGGCUGAGAAGCCUGUGACCUCUUCUUCCGUUUUCUCCAUGUUCGGAGGUGGCGCCAAGAAGGAGAAGAAGGAGGAUGAGGACCGCGGUGACAACUCUGGGAGCGCCAAGGCCCAGCGCGAGGCUGCGAAGAAGGACGGCGAGGAAGAAGAAGCCCCCGAGUCCGAAGAUGUCCACUUCGAACCAGUCAUCAAGCUGACGGAGAAGGUCGACGUCACCACCAACGAGGAGGCUGAGGAGCAGCUCUUCAAGAUGCGCGCCAAGCUUUUUAAGUUCGUCAAGGAGACGACUGAAUGGAAGGAGCGCGGCACCGGUGAUGUCCGUUUGCUCAAGCACAAGGAGAAUGGCAAGACCCGCCUGGUCAUGCGCCGUGACAAGACCCUCAAGGUCUGCGCCAACCACUACAUCGUCCCCGAGAUGAAGCUGUCCCCCAACGUCGGUUCCGACCGCAGCUGGGUGUGGAACGCCGCUGCCGAUGUUAGCGAGGGUGAGGCUGAGGCCGUUACCCUGGCCAUCCGCUUCGCCAACUCCGAGAACGCAAACCUCUUCAAGGACUCUUUCCUUAAGGCUCAGAAAGACAACGAGGAGCUCUUCAAGGCCGCUGAGGGCGAAGCCGCCGCCGCCCCCGCUGUUGAAGAGUCUUAG